CCCUCUGUAAUAAUAAAAAUCAAAGGCGGCUUUUUUGUUUCGUUUUUCUUUUUCAUAAAAUAAAAAAAUAAAAAUCAAAGGGAGGGAAUGUCUCGGACGUUGGUGCAGCCGGUGGGUCAGAAAAGAUUGACGAACGUAGCCGUGGUUCGCCUCAAAAAACAUGGAAACCGUUUUGAAAUUGCUUGUUACAAGAACAAAGUCCUGUCCUGGCGCUCUGGCGUUGAGAAAGAUCUGGAUGAAGUGUUGCAAUCACAGAUCGUUUACUCAAAUGUUGCCAAAGGAGUUCUUGCCAAGUCAAAAGAUCUAAAGAUUGCUUUUGGGACGGAUGAUCAAACUAAAAUCUGUCUUGAGAUAUUGGAUAAAGGAGAACUGCAAGUUGCUGGAAAGGAAAGAGAAUCACAAUUAUCCAAUCAAUUUAGAGACAUUGCCACUAUUGUCAUGCAGAAAACUAUCAAUCCUGAAACUCACCGCCCUUAUACUAUAAGCAUGAUUGAGCGUUUGAUGCAUGAAAUUCACUUUGCUGUAGAUCCAAAUAGCAAUUCCAAGAAACAGGCACUAGAUGUCAUCCGGGAACUCCAAAAACAUUUCCCCAUCAAGAGGGCCCCCAUGAGACUAAAGCUAACUUUAUCAAUACAGAACUUCAGUUCUCUCGAGAAAAAACUUACUGAGUGGAAAUGUACCAUCGUUUCUAAAGAUGAAUCUGGAAGCCAAUACUCUAUUGUAUGCGAAAUGGAUCCUGGGUUUUUCCGUGAUUGUGAUGCAUUUGUGAGAAAUCUGCAAGGAAGGUCUGAAAUUCUUGCAAUCUCUGUGCAUGGUGAGGGAGAUAUUAAUGCAGACCACUAUGACGGCCAUGAUGAUGCAUCAUCAAGCGAAUCCAAGAAACCAACAGACCUCGUUGACCAAUUGAGUGAGAAAAUUCAAAGACAGACAUUGGCUCCAAAAGCCGACAUUAAUGAAAGUCAGGUAAAGCAAAACAAAUGUAGUACAUGUGAUGCAGUUGUGGGGGAUGCGAAACAGUAUAGAGAGCACUUCAAGAGCGAUUGGCAUAAACAUAACCUGAAAAGAAAAACAAGACAAUUGCCUCCUGUUUCUGCUGAAGAAUGCAUGACUGAUGUGGAACUGGGUGACUCGAAGGGAAAUUUGGAUGAAUACAAUUUCUGAAGUUGGACUUUAUUCUUACUUUGCAUGUUUUGUGAAAUGUAGAGAGUUAUGCAUCCAGCUGUGUUAGCGACUCCAACUAUAUAUUAUGACAUGUUGAUGCUUCUUAUCUGACAUCUUACUUGUAUGGUUUUAUUUGGUAGUGAUAUUCGCACAUUUUGUA